AUGAUCACGUGCAUGUUUUCCCAUGUCAGCCAACAACGGAGUUCAUGGCUGGUGGGGUCGCGGCUGCCCAGCUCCAUCCCUCAGCCUCCAGGGCCUCUGUGGUGCUCCGAUGCCCCUCACCCACAGCUGAAGAUCCCGGGUGGGCGAGGGACGGUCAGGGAUCACUCUCUCGGCGUGCUGCUACACAAGGAUGAGAAGUUCACCGUGACACAGACCACGGAGGUGAACGGGAACCCCGCACUCCUCCACUUCCACUACCAGCUGAGCGAGCGCCGCUCAGCCUUCUGGGAUAGUGCUCUGUCUGAGGAUAGCCUCUUCCUGGAGAUUCCUGCUGGGCCGCUGGUGGAGGGAAGCAAAGAGGGGCUCACUGCCCUGCUGGAAUUUGCAGAGGAGCAGCUGAAGGUCAACUUUGUCUUCCUGUGGUUCCGCAAAGGCCGAGAGGAUCGGCAGUCCAUCAUCAAGACGUUCCACUACAUGGGCUUUGAGAUGGUGAAACCGGGCGACCCUACGGUACCGGCCCGGCCUGACUUGGCCUUCAUGGUUUACUCUCUGGACAACAGCAGCUCAGAUGAGGAGUGACCCUCAAGCCCCACUCUGCUGACCUCAUCUUGCUUUGGGUAGUCCCCCCCCACUCCCCCGGAUGAGAGACUGUUGGACAAUAACUUGGACAGUUUGUUGACGACCUUUUCAAGGCGACCAUGUCUUCCCUUUUAUCAAUAAAUGUUACCUUGUCCAUUUUAAAAGACAAACUUUCUGUUGUCCAUUCCAGCACAUGUUCCUCAGAAGUCAUUGGUCAGUCCAGUCCACGAAACCAAAGCCUCUGAAUCACAAGACAACAAAAUGACAAAACCUUUGUCAUUCCUGCACUCUAACGAGGCUUCCUGUGCCUAACCAGGAGAGUUGUUACUCUUCAGUCUUAUGGAGGAGUGUGUGUGCGCGCGUGUGUCCAGAAAGACCACUUCAGGGUAUGACCAUAUAUGCAACUAGAUGAAACAUGCAGGAGGUGUCCUGCAGACGUGUAAUUUAGCACUUUGAUCGCAACGCCAAAGGAACCCAGUGUACCCCUGCUUGUUGUUGGUAUUAGAGCGCCAUCUUCAUCCAAAACUUCUAUUUUUAUCUCCAUGUUUGCUUGGGGGUGGGGUGGGGGUGCUCUUAACUUUCUGCAUGUCUUCCAGGUGUGAUUGAGCCUCCACUAUACAGUAGAAGCUUAUGAAUAUUAUGUUCAGUGUACAGUAUGUCUUUUUUUGUGACAGUUGAGGUAUUUAUUGUUUUAGCCACCGAUUGAGGACAAUCCACGCUUGUACACUGUGGACAUGGGCCUCCCUUGUGGCAGGGAAAAUAAUUAUCACUGAAAUAAUAAAAACACCAUGGAAAAAAUUGUGUGUGUGAAGUUUCUAAAAUAAAGACCAAAGAGCUACUAGCUAAACACACUAAAAUAAGAGAGGGGAUAUGAAAUUUAUUUGAAGGUAUUUUUUUUUGUACAAGUACAUGUGGAAAAAGUCAUAAUAUUGAGUGACUUUGAAAUUGGUAAUUUAGGGAGACAAAAGGCCUACUACAGACACAAAAUAGUAAUUCACAUGACGUCAUAGGCGAUUUUAAAACUUGUAACUCAAGGACAAAAGGCUUAAUAUUGCAGAAAAAAAAAAUCUUGAGUCACAUCAAGUCGGAAUAUGCAUUUUUACAAUGUUUGAAUACCGUAUUUCCUCAAAUAACUUCCUAUGUAAAUAAAUAAUGUAAAAAUAGUAUUAAUUCCUGAGGAUUUUAAAGGGGACGCCGUGUCCUGGUAUGAUGACGUCGGCUGUUAGUAGCGCCCUCUGGCGGCUCGCUUCCUGCAUUUUUGUGUUGACACUCAGCUCCCGCCAACUGUCCUCGUCACAGUAGCUGUCAAAUAGGUCCCCCGCUACGAGCAGCGUGCCCACUGACAUCCCUUUCACCUGCACGCUCACGUCCUGCCCCGUGUGGCCGGGAGUGGGAACUACGCAUACCUGAAACAACACAAGCAACAUUAGGGCAUUACCUAAAAAAACGCUAACUAAAGUUGUACGAUUACAACAAACGAUGCAGGAUUUACGCGAAUAUAGUCGUAAAAUUAGGAGAUAAAAAUA